CGUUUCCGGUUGCUGGUGUCAAUCCUGGCCAGGCUAACUGGUGACUUCAACUGCAGACACAGCUGCGACUCCGGGCACCAGUUCUGACAGAGGCUCUGCUCACCGUAGGACAGGUUCUUUCGUCACCUCCGGGUUACGCGACUGCUCCAAAGCUUGCCCAACAAGUCCUGGGAUUCUCAUAACUAAGGAGCUCCAUUCCAUACUGCGCCGCCUGCCUGAGAAACUACAUUUCCCAGCAGGGCCCAGCCAUUCCUCCUUCAGAAUGCCAGAGGGCCCAGAGCUGCACCUGGCCAGCCACUUUGUGAAUGAGACAUGUAAGGGGCUGGUAUUUGGUGGGUGUGUGGAGAAGUCCUCUGUCAGCCGGAACCCGGAGGUGCCCUUUGAGAGCAGUGCCUACCACAUCUCAGCUUUAGCCCGAGGCAAGGAGCUGCGCUUGACACUGAGCCCCCUGCCUGGGUCCCAGCCCCCUCAGAAGCCACUGUCCCUUGUCUUCCGCUUUGGGAUGUCUGGAUCCUUCCAGCUGGUACCCGCGGAGGCACUGCCCCGCCACGCCCAUCUACGUUUUUAUACAGCCCCACCUGCCCCCCGGCUUGCCCUUUGCUUCGUAGACAUCCGUCGCUUUGGUCACUGGGACCCUGGGGGCGAAUGGCAGCCAGGCCGUGGACCCUGUGUCUUGCUGGAGUAUGAACGGUUCAGAGAGAACGUACUUCGGAACCUAUCAGACAAAGCCUUUGACCGGCCCAUCUGCGAGGCCUUGUUGGAUCAGAGGUUCUUCAAUGGCAUUGGCAACUAUCUGCGGGCAGAGAUCUUGUACCGGCUGAAGAUCCCUCCUUUUGAGAAGGCUCGCACAGUUCUAGAGGCCCUGCAACAGUGCCGGCCGAGCCCAGAGCUGACCCUGAGCCAGAAGAUCAAGGCCAAACUGCAGAACCCAGAUCUGCUGGAACUGUGUCACUUGGUGCCCAAGGAAGUGGUUCAGCUGGGGGGCAAAGGCUAUGGGCCGGAGCGUGGAGAGGAGGAUUUUGCUGCCUUUCGAGCCUGGCUUCGGUGCUAUGGCGUGCCAGGCAUGAGCUCCCUGCGAGACCGGCAUGGCCGUACCGUCUGGUUCCAGGGUGAUCCUGGACCCCUGGCACCCAAAGGGGGCAGAUCCCGAAAAAGGAAGUCACAGGAGACACAGCUGGGGGCUGAGGACAGGAAGGAGGACCUUCCACUUUCAAGCAAGUCUGUUUCCAGGACACGGAGGGCCAGGAAGCACCCUCCUAAGAGUAUAGCUCAACAGUCUGAAGAGGUCGGCCUCCAACAAAACCAGGAAACCCCUACAGCCCCUGAGAAAGGGACGAGGAGGGGUCGACAGGCAAGCACAGGCCACCGCAGACGCCCAAAGAGUAAGCCUGACACCCGACCCAGGGAGGCCGGGGAGAGUUCAGCUUCAUAGAUGGAGGUCUCCUUCCCUGGUGCCUUGCUGUGAAUCCUGGGGCAUGUCUGAAUCCCUAAAAGCAGUCUUUGUAGGGCUGCAUGCCCUAGGCCCUGUGACUUUUUGAGGCAGGGCUUCAUAUGUCCUAUCCUUGAACCCAUAUGGACCUGAAGAUGACAUUGAACUCCCGUUUGGUCUUCCUGCUUCAUGUCCUUGGUUGCUGGGAUUCCAGGUGUGAGCCGAGCCACCACACUCACUAACUCAUUUCUUGUUGUCUACCUUUUCAAGACAAAGGUUUCUCUGUGUAGCCCUGGCUGUCCUGGAACUCUUCUGUAGACUAAGCUGGCCUCAAACUCAGAGAUCUGCCUGCUUCUGCCUCCCAAAGUGUUGGAAAUGUAUGCCAUCUUCAACAUUUUUUAAAUCUCAAGUGAAAAACCAUU